AUGGUGGAGAAUCACAGUUAUAAUGUUACACCCGAGUCCGUGUCGCUCCCGUCGUCGGGUGGAGAAGUGCACGUCGUGCGGAAACGGUCUAAGACUGUCAGUAUGGUGGUUGGAGAGGAUGGACAGUAUCGCUACAAGUGUCCGCAUCCGACCUGUGACAAGUCCUUCAGCCGGCAGGAGCACCUUUCUCGACACAAGCUGAAUCAUUGGCCCAAGGAGAUAUUCAAGUGCCACUAUGUGUCGCCGUUGUCGGGUCAGCCCUGCGGUAAGACGUUUGUGAGAAGAGAUCUGCUGAACAGGCAUGAGAAGAGACACGAGAACAAGUCAUAUACGGGGCGGAAAUCGCGAUCGAUCUCUAGGGAGAUCACACCCGGAAUCACGUCGCCCGUUGCGGAGUCACCCUCGAACCCGAGCUUUCAGCAUUCAGAAACUUCCGCUUAUGCGACCAGCUCGAGAAGUAACAGCAAUAGUAGUUUCACUGUUGGGAAAUUCUCCGUGACGCCGCAGGAGGAAAGCGGCAACAAAAGGAAAAGACAGCGAACUAAGUCGUCACAGAAACUAAAUGAAACCACUGACUCUAUAGGGCCCAUUGACCCUAAACUACUGGAUCCUUCAGAGGCAGACAGAAGCAUAUAUACUACACCUGCAGAAAAAGAAGAGGACAAACCGAAGACCAUUCCAGUAUACAAUAAUGACGUACUAAUUAAUGCUAAUAACAAUAUUGAAGACCCUAAUGAUGACACUAUUAUGACUUUUAUUUCCAAGAAGAACGCUCGCAAACAGCAAAAAUUGGUAAAAAUUGCUCCCAAACCCCAUAAUUCUAGAGCCCGACCAGCAAAUACUGUAAUUGAUCCGGCCAUUCAUCAAUUUUCUUACCCAGAACGGAAAUCUGUUGAUCAUAAAUUUAAUAACGAAUCCAUUCCGGCGCCAUAUAACGCUGAGCUAUUAAAUUAUGGUAAUACAAUAGUACAAGAAAAAUCUCAAAAGAAAAGAUCACAGUCAGGGCCAGAUGGCUCCAACGUAAGCAGAGAUGUCUUUGAUUGGAACUCUGUUAUGGCGGACCGAGAUGAUGCACAUCAAUCCAUCUCUAAUUCAAACUCAAGUACCAAUCUUAAUAAAGUUUAUGAUCUAUUCUCCAUUGAUUUCUUGAGUGAUGAUCCUUUACAAAACUUUAUGCAAGAAUUAUCAGUUGGACACAAACAAGGUGGAUCUAUGACAUCAGCACAAGCUUCCACACAGUCAACAAAUCCUGUUAAUAGUCCUACUCAGGAUAGUAAUUGCUCAUCCAAUGGUUUGAGGAAAUCAGAAGAUAUUCAUUUGCAAGCCAUGCCAAAAUUUGACGACAGUCAGAAGUCUCAUAUUAAGGAUAACCUAUCUACACAAAAGAUUAAUAUAAACAACUUUAUCAAAAAAGAUAAAGAACAAAGGAUAUUGGAACGUGAUAGCGAUUCCAAGCGUCUUCAUCACAAGAAGAGGAAGAACAUGAAACUAUCCAUGAGACAAAUACCAUCAUUCUUUUUUACUGAUCAGGCCACCAAGUUUGACAUAUCCAAGGAUAAAUGUUUGGAACUGUUUAACCUUGUUCCUGAAUUAAGAUAUAUACCAGCAAUUGAGUUGAAGAAGUCUUUGAAAUCUUUCUGGUAUAAUUUCCACCCACAGUAUGGACUUUUACAUAAGCCAUCAUUCAAUGUGAACGAUGCCCCUGCCAUAUUGAUUCUUUCGAUGAUAAUGACUGGUGCUAGCUUCCUAGGUUCGAAUGCCAGAGAAAUGGUGAGUGACCCAAUUUGUGGACCUUUGCGAUGGAUCAUUUUCUCACACCCAGAUUUCCAACCACCUUCACAAACAUAUAUUAUUCAGAGUUUACUGCUUUUAGAGGGUUAUGAAAAGGCUAGCACUAAUAGAUAUUUGCAUGAGAGAUCUUUCCUCCACCAUGGUACUACCAUUCAAUUGCUGAGGAGAACCCCUUCACUCGGAGGACAUCCUUCAAUAGUGAAGCGUGAGGGCAAUACAACAGCUGCCAAAAUACUUGAUGAUGAACAAGGUCAGCGUGAUGCUUUAGAAGAAAUUUACAGGCAGUGGAUUGAUUUCGAAAUGUUAAAGAGAAUCGCAUUUUAUGCAUUUUAUAUGGAUACUACGCAUGCGGUUGUUUUUGGUUAUUGGAAUUUAUUCAUACAUUGUAAUCAAAUUCAGUUAAACCUUCCCUGCUCGGACGAGAUAUGGGAGUCAUAUGAUUUAAGUUAUGAGACUCUUUUGAAUAAUGGCUUUGGUGGUGAGGCAAGGGUAGAGAAUUAUCAAUUUUUGCCAACACUAAAGAGUUUAAUGAAUGAAGUCACAGAGACGCUUCGAAUCCAGAAAUUGAAAGCACCUACUUCUAGUACUCCAGAGGCUGUGAAGGCUGCUAUAGAUUCUGUUGAUAAAGUUUCUGGUAGGAAAUGGAACAUAAGGAGUAUAUUUGGUAAGAAAUUACUGUUGGCAGGUAUAAUUUCGAUCAUGUUUCAGUGUCAAGAGGCAGUUUUACCAACAACUUUUAGAGUUGGUGAUGGUACUGACCAAGUCUUUUCUUGGACAGAAAUUGUCUCUUUUGCGGCAAACUACUGGUUAAUAAAAGUACAGGGUGAUUGUACAGCAGCUAAAAGCUGUAUGGUUAGUUGUGGUAAUGACAGUGAUAUACUGACUAAUUCUGAUGUUACAGUAGAUGAAGAUGUGAUAAAGCUUGAUUUACUUGGUGAGGAGGCCGAUACCAUAUGUAAGAUACCUGUCUACCACGUUAUCCAAAUUGUGUUGAGAAUUUUCCAUAACGAUUACUAUAUUUACGCAGGUGCUCCAUGGAGGAUGAAUGUGAGACUAGAUAAGGAUGAAUAUUCUGUGGUUUCUAAUAGAGUGCGCAAAUUUGCCUCAGAUCCAUAUAAUGGAGGUGUUGCAAUUGUGCAUGGUUUCCAAUUCUUGUUUCAGAUGUUCUUAAAAGUUGAUUCUUCUGAAAAUGAUGGAAAGGAGCGCACUAUCACAUUCAAGGACUAUGACAUAAACUCAGAUUAUAUCAUCACACGUCCGAACACAGUUGCAUUGAUAUCGGUAUUAAUAUGGUGUUACAACAAUGUCCUGUUUGGCCCUGAGUCGCAAAUAUGGGAUAACAGUAAAGAAGAAGAUGUAGAGGCAUCAGAGGAGAACACCAGGAAGAACAAUGAAGCCAAGGAACUCUACACACCAAAGGAGUCAUUCGAACAGUACUUAAUAAGGAUGUAUCAUUCCCUGUACAUUGACACAAACACGGAUGUGAUCACAUACCAAAAUGAAAUUUGGGCAAAAGCCACAAUACUAGGCACUAUCCCUAACACAAACAACAUGUGCGGCAUGAUGUUAUACAUGAGGGACACUUACAGAAGAAGUUUCUGGGAUUUGGGAAGAGAGUUUGGGAACUUGUUUGAUAACUGCCUAGAGAGGAGCAUGGGCAAGUCAUCACCAACAUGUUUCAAUAUGUAUGAUGUCUAA